GUUUUUGUUUUGGGGGAAUAACGUAACGUUAUGUGACGUGAUCUAAAUUAAAUCAACAGCUUUUCGAAGAGAUAAUUUACUUAAUCAAAUGGAAAAUAAAGUUAAAACCCCUCUCAAGUGCCCCGGACGUUCUGAAGGUGAUGGCAUGGAGAACACAUCCUAUCCUGAACAUGAAACCAUCCACACUUUCCGCUCUCCUCUCAGUUAUUAUCAUAAAAACUUUGUUCCAUCUCAAGGAAAAGUGAAGGAACCAAAAUUUGUACCAUAUGAGCCUUAUCGAGCAGCUGUCGCUCCUAUCACUUCUCCACCCAAGAAAAUUGAUUUCUUUAUUGAUUCCCAUAAAGUAAACUCUUUAGCAUCUACUGUCAUUAAACAGUUUGCAGAUUCAGAUGGCAAAACAUUUGGUGGAAAUUGUAUGACAGAUUGCUCAUCGAAGAUCAGUGCUCUUGAGGAAAAGAUUGCAACUCUUGAAAAAGAGAAGAAGGAGCUUUCUUCUCAAUUUCAGAUCCAAGCUGAGGUCAAUAGAGACCUUAAAAAGUUGUUGGUAGCUUCAUUGGGUGAAGAUGUCCAAGAAAAAGUACAGUUUAUGACACAAGAUAAAGCUCAGUUGGGCAUGGAGGUGCUUCGCCUUUGUACUGAAUUACAGCGUGCUGAUGAAGAAGCUCAACUUCUGUCUGUACGAUCUGAUGUUUUCGAGGGGAAAUUUAAGGCCUGCAGCGUUUUGGUGCGAGAUCUCGCAGAACAGAAGGCUGCACUUUCUCUCAGUCUUGGACGAUCCAUAGAAAUUAUCAAGACAAUACUUGCAGAACAUACUGUGCUUUUUGAAGCUCUAAGCUCUGCUCAUAGCAACUUGCAAGUCAUUUCUGGUGCUUGCAAUCCUGGCAGCAAGAUUGCUUCUCCUGCAAAUAACUCUCGCAUGGAUCUUUUAGGGUUGGGGAGACAACUCAAGAGCUUGUCUAAUGAUCUGAAGGAGAGAUUUCUUGGGAAACCACUGCAAUCAAACCCACAAUUUAAUUGUAUACGUCAGUUUAUGGGUACUGAGAGGGAUGCCCACCAGCUACUUCAAGCUCUAGAUGAAAUGAGUGGAAAUCACAAUCUGUCCGAAUGCAGUCCAGGCCUUGUUGCGUGCCAAGUACUUCCUCAUACUUGUAACCGUAAUGGUAUACCUGAACAUUGUUGUAAACACUGCUCUGGGGAAAUCCUGAAUCUGUGAUGCCUUAACUGUAUUUUGAUCAAAGUCUUCCCUUAGGAAAGGCAGCUUUUUAUAUGAAUUUUGUUUAAAAACAGGUGCUGUUGUAUAUUUCAUAUGAGUAAGGAAGAAUGCUGCAUCUAUUAAUAUUAGAAUGCCAUGUCUUUGAAUGUAUCACACAGCUUUUGAUCAGUGCCAACUAUCUUGACACAUAUUUUGAGAAUUUAUCUCACAUUUUCUCGUUUUGCUUAUAAUAGCUUCUUUUUCUUAAAAUAAUUAUUAUUAUUUAAUAUGAUAUGUAUUCCACUGUUUCCCAUAUUGAGGAACAAUUUUUUUCCAAUUUUUGAAAUUUAGGUAGUAAAGAAAUAAGGAGAUAACAAUUUUUGGUAUGUGAAAAGAAAGUUUAAAUAUUCUAGUAUUAAAAAAAAAUAUCGUUUUGGGAAGCAGGUGAAAGGAGCAAUAAUGAGGGGAGACCCUAAAUGCUAUAUAUUUAUACUUUAUAUUCAAGCUUACACUUUUCUGCUAUUUAUAUAGAUACUGAAAUAAUAAUUUGAUUGCAAUUGUAUUAGCCAUGCCAAAUAUUCCAUUUGUAUUGGACCUCAUUAAAAUGCAUCAAAAAGGAAUAAUCAUUGCAAUCAAGCUCUGUAAUUUUAAUACAUGAUCAUUGAUUCCAUGUUUUUAAUAAUAUUCGUUCUUAUAAUUAAUAAUAGUGGUCCACAGAAAAAUCUUUCUAUUAGUUAUAGUAUUUAUAAAGUAUAGUGCUACCUUUAGGAUCUUGAAAUCGUGGAUAUAUAUAUAGUGUAGGAGAUCUAGUAAAUCAAAAAAUGAAUAAAUAAAUCUAAUUUUUCAUAUGAGAAAGGAAUAUAUAUAAUAUUUAUUCUUAUCUAAGUAUUCUUAUCUGAGAUUUUAUUGAUGAUACACUAAUAUUAUCUAUAAGAGAAAACAUUAAUAUAAUUUUAUUUUCAUGCUUUCAUUUUUUAUGCACAUUAUUCUCGUAUCUCAUUAAAUUCAUGUCUUCAUAUAAUUCUUUGUUUAUGGAAAGCAACAUUAAAUUAGAUAAUCUUUUUUUGCCAUUAUUAUUGUUUGAAUGAAUGAAUGAAUGGUUUUUAUUGUUUGAAUGAAAUAGCAUAUUGAAAUUCAUAAUAUUAUAAUUAAUUUAUUUUUAUUUAUAAGGUUUUCUAUUUAAGGCUGUAUAAGGUUUUAUGUCUGACUUUGGAAAAUGUUUAUUUAUAAUAGACGUAACUGCAAUUAAUUAUUAUUUCUUCUCUAUAUAAGAGUGCUUUUUGUUAUUUUUAUACUCUUUAAAAAGUUAAUUUCUUGGUUUUCUUUAUCUUAUAACAAUUUCUGAUCUUUUGUAAUGUAGCUUGAUUUGUGUGUGUUGUUUGCAGGUCCACUAGCUCUCAAGCAUAUAAUUAAUUUAUUGACUUUAGGGAUACUACUGAUUGUAUUUGAUUAUAUUGAUAAAGAGAACAGGAAAUAUGUUUAUUAUUAUGAUGGAAAUUCUUUAUUGAAAUCAUAGCCAAAAACAUAUGGGGAGUUUUAAGAGUUUUCAAGUAUUCUUUCAUUUAAAGUAUUUUGGCAGGUUUUGUUGCCAUCGAAUAUUUCGACCAAUUUUUUUAUGAAAUUUUUAUAAAUUUUUAGUAAAGUUCUUGUAAAAUAGAUUUUUAAAAAAUUCCGAAAUACAUCAAAGUAAUUACCAGAAUUAUUUACCUGCUAACAAAAAAUUGGAUAAAAUUUUAUAUUUAAAAUUUUGUAUUUAUUUAAUAUAUUUGUUCCCUUUCUUAAACAAUAUUUGUUAAUUUAAGUAAUUUAUUUAAUUUAUCAAUGAUUUGGAGAAAUUUUAGAUAAAAGCACAUAUUUUUAUAUUUCACAAUGUAAUCUAAAUAGCAUUUCAAUUCUUGAAAGUGGUUUCUUGUAUGAAAUCAGAUAGGACAAAAUUUAUGUAAAUCACUUUUUUUAAAGCCUUUUAAUUAGAAAAAUAGUUUCAAUUUACAGAGAUUACUACAUCAUGCUCACCAUUAUUUUUUUGACAAAGAGUUUUAACUAUAAAAUUACCAAAUUUUUAAUUUUGUCAUAAAAUUUCGUGAAACUGAAUUUAAUAAAAAAAUUCUUACAGCCUGAAUUCAUUCUGUAAUAUUUUAACACAUUUAUAUUUUUUCUUUUAAUAAUUUAUAAAAAUGGACAAUAUUUUAAAGAUUUAUUCAUCAUCAUGU